GAGCCUCCUAUCUAUAUAAAGUAGCAUGCGGGCUCGGAUGUAGAGUUUAGUCGUCCACAACUUGUGUUGGCUCUCUCGCUUUCCCGCAGAAAAAAAAAUAACAAGCAGCAGCAGCGGCGGGAAUAUAAACUUGUCAAACAUCAGGACUGAUCGCCCUUGGGAACGGAGGACUCACUUUCACAGAACCCCCUGACACGCACACAGCCCAAAGCUGCCCCCCGUAAGCAAAAAACGCAAAAUGGGUGAUCUGCCGGAGGACGGCUCAUUCAUGUUCACGUCGGAGUCGGUGGGAGAGGGACAUCCAGACAAGAUCUGCGACCAGAUCAGUGACGCAGUCCUGGAUGCGCACCUCAAGCAAGACCCCGAUGCCAAAGUGGCCUGUGAGACAGUGUGCAAGACAGGCAUGGUGCUGCUCUGUGGAGAGAUCACGUCUCGUGCCAACGUGGACUACCAAAAGGUGGUGAGGGACGCCAUCAAACACAUCGGUUAUGAUAACUCUGAUAAAGGUUUCGACUACAAGACAUGUAACGUCCUAGUGGCGCUGGAGCAGCAGAGUCCUGACAUUGCUCAAGGCGUCCACGUGGACCGCAAGGAGGAGGACAUUGGAGCUGGAGACCAGGGUCUGAUGUUUGGCUACGCCACUGACGAGACCGAAGAGUGCAUGCCGCUCACCAUUGUUUUAGCCCACAAGCUCAACUCCAAAAUGGCCGAGCUCAGACGCAGUGGCGCAAUCCCCUGGCUGCGCCCCGACUCCAAAACACAGGUGACAGUGCAUUACGAGCAGAAAGACGGCGCCGUGAUCCCCAAGAGAGUCCACACCAUCGUCAUUUCAGUGCAACAUGACGACUACAUUUCUUUGGAGGAGCAGAAGAAAGUCCUAAAGGAGAAGGUCAUCAAAGCAGUGGUCCCGGCCAAGUACCUGGAUGACAAGACCAUUUACCAUCUGCAGCCCAGCGGACGCUUUGUCAUCGGAGGGCCACAGGGAGACGCUGGUGUCACGGGGCGUAAGAUCAUCGUGGACACAUACGGAGGCUGGGGGGCUCAUGGAGGCGGCGCCUUUUCCGGCAAGGACUUCUCCAAAGUGGACCGCUCGGCCGCCUACGCCGCCCGCUGGGUGGCCAAGUCUUUGGUCAAGGCCAAGCUGUGCAGGAGGGUUCUGGUGCAGGUAUCCUAUGCCAUUGGUGUGGCGCACCCUCUGUCCAUCUCAUUGUUCACAUACGGCUCAUCUAGCAAAUCUGAGUCGGAGCUGCUGCACAUCGUCAACAAGAACUUUGACCUGAGGCCAGGAGUCAUUGUCAGGGAACUUCAACUGAAACGACCGAUCUACCAGCAGACCGCCACCUACGGCCACUUUGGGCGGCCCGAGUUCAGCUGGGAGGUUCCCAAAAAGUUGCUCCUCUAAGGCCUCCAUGUCCUCACGUCAAAUACAACAAGAGGACAUGGACCAAAGCAAAACCAAUCAAACCAAAGAUCUAUAAGAGGGGCCGUGGGAGGAUGUGAGAAGGCACAAUGUGAAGGACAUCUGAUGGGAACAAAGACAUACAUCCUAGUAAAUUUUUGCUCGGUGCUUCCUUUUUUUUUUUUUUUUUUUCCCAAAAGUCGAAUCACAAACACCUCAAUGCUGUGAACGUACACCGCCCCCAUGUGGGAGAUGCUUUUAGAACCACUUUUUGUGUAAUUACUGGUUGAACCAAAGCUUUAGCUCUCAAUUUCAUUUUUUUCCCUUUUUUUUUUUAAAGUCAUGUCUGCUGCUCGACAGAUGGUCACAAUCUGCCAAACAGGUCAUUAAAACCUCUUUAGCUCAUCAUAACCAUGUUACAACCAAGCACAUUUUAACAGCCAUCCAUACGUAGUGUUCAUACGUAUGUAUACACUUAUGAACAUCAAGAUGCUCACGUGAUUCUGAAAGCAAACCUAACAAGCCCUCAAAAUGCCAUGGAAGCUCUUACUAAAUAUUGCCAACCCCUAAAAGACUUGUGAUGCACAUAUCUUUUUAGCAUUCAAUUUCAAAAUCUGAUUUUCAAAUUGUCACAUUAAAGCUUCUUAUUUAAUAACACACCCCAAAAAUCCUAUGUGACUGUUUUUGCACAGCUAUUAGAAAAAAAAAAAGUCUCCAGAUGCCAUUUGUUUUAGUAUGCCAACCUAAAAUCAAAUGUAAAAUAAAAAGCCCUAAAAUAGUGCCGUUUAAAGUCAUGAUUUUUCUUUCAAUCACGCCAUUGUUAAAACAAAUGAAAAACAAUCUCUCAAAUGGCAAUCAACUCAUCACAUUUAUGAAUUUCAGGUAGUUGCCAAGUGCCUUUGUUAUAAGUUUUAAAAGUAAAAGGAAUUAAAAAAGCCUCAAAAAGGUUUAAAAUCUCAUUAAAUGUGAUAAAAGGAUAUUAUUUCUACUAUGCAAUUCUAAAAACAUUACUCAAAAAUGUCCAAAAAAAGUUGCUUUUGUGCAGUUCUUAGUUGUUCCGUUUUUGUCUUUUUCAUUUAACAGUCUUAAUGUGUGCUUUAAAGGGCAUUAUUAGUAUUUUUCUUUUUUUCAUCAUGUCUUAAUGCUUGACGAAAACCGAACUAUUCUUUGAUGAAGUGAUCAGUGUCCUCUCUGCUGUCAUCUUUUUGUUGGCAAAAUAUAUCUAGACAAUGUAAAUAAUUAAACAACAAAGAACAUGAAAUAUGUUGUCUGUCUUUGUGCGCAAAAGGAAAAAAAAAAAAAAAAAAAGACUAUUUAAAACUGUUUAUUUGUUGAACAUUAAGGCAUACACGCACACGGUAUACAAUCAUCAAAAUAGAAUUUACAACCUCUUUGGUUCGCAUUAUCAAAGUCAUAAUAAGGCACAUAGGCAGCAGAAUUGGCUACUGAAUAUAUACAUAUAUUUCAUAUCAAUGUGAGGUUUACAGGUUAAUUAUUGCAUGAACUAAUGAUUGCAUGAUUGCUUUUGCUAAUGUUUAAACAAGAUGUGACUGAGUGGCGCAACGAGCUAACGAUACAAACAAAAAUAAUCACAAUAAGUCGUCAACAACAGAAGUCGACAGAACAGAUGCAAGCGGAUUGUGUCCCAUUUCAACAUAUUCCUAUGUAGAAAGAUGAGUCGGUAAACGAGAACUAAGAAUUGAGGCAGUUUGAGGAAAAUCGCUAAAUCCGCUGAAACAAAGCAAUAACAGACAUUGCUGCUGCAUGCUUUGAAUGUUGAAAAUUAGCACUAUUUGAUGGACGAAUGAGAAAAUGAAGACAAUUCUUAAAUUGACCUAAGGGGUUUUGUACUGGUAUAGACAGUAGAGAUGAGCGAUAUUUUCACAAUUGUAUGAUUUUAGUGGGAUAAGUGAUGCCAUCUAAUGGACGAGUUUAAAAAUGAAUUAAAACAAGCCCCAGGGCAUUUUUUUAAUCACUAGGACUUGGGGGGCUUAAUUAUUUUUUUAUUCAUAUAAAUAGAACACAAAACUAUGAUAUCAAACACUCUUUGCAAAAAAAAAAAAUUCCAGGAACCCCCCGCCGCCCCCAAAAAAUAAGUUGUGUAAACAUUUAAAGGAUUAAAAAAAAAAGUAAAUAUACGUAUCUAAUACUUGAUAUGUGUAUAUAUAUCAGGUUUGUUCAAAUGGAAAAGAUGAAUAUUUCAAAUCUGACAGCAGUUUUGUUUCUUGGUUAAAGGCAUAUUACAUUUUUAAGGAUUUCUUUAAGGCAGGGGUGUCAAAGAUGAAGCCUGCGGUUUUUCCCGCAGUUUUUCUCGCGUACAGCAAAUUAUUAAAAUUUCAUUGAAUUUCACUGAGGAAGCGCGAGACCAGCCUACAUUGUUACACUUGUGAGCUUCCACACUAGAUGGCGCUAGUAACUUAAACAGUACCUCUCAAUUAGCUCAGGGUCAAAACUUUACACGUUAAAAUCAAGGUAAAAUUUCAGUUAAUGAAUUGGACCAGUAAUUGCCAAUUAGUCUUCAAGAGUCUAAUUUCCAUGUGAUAUAUAUAUUAUGAAGGUUAUUAUCGUAAAUUAAAUAAAAAUGCACCAAUUUCUGCUUACAAUUUUAAUACAAAACAAUAUGGCUUGAUCAUAGACUUCAUAAUAUAUAACCUGACCCUGCAUUAUGAAGUCUAUGGCUUGAUAUUUCAGGUGAGCUAUCCAUUUUUAAUCUUUACUCAAUUUUCUAAAAGCUGCUAUCACUGUUAAGAUUUACAAAAUGUGUUGUUAAAUUUGGCAAUCAAAAAUGCAAAGAAAAAAAGUGUGUUUAAAAUAUACACACAGGAUGGAACAAAUGAAGAACAAUUAAGAGGCAUUUUUAGUUAGACAAAACGAAAAUUUGCCUUGGUGAAUGCGAAGUAACGAAAAAUACACACAUAAUAUUAUUGCUGUACGAUAUGACGAUAUAGAGUGAGGCGCAGAAGUAGUUGCACCCCUUCUGAUUUUGCAAGUUCACCCACUUAUAAAAUAGGCAGAGGUCUGAAAUUUCAAUCAUAGAUGCAUUCAGACAUAAUUUUAAAAAAUAAAAUCCAGAAAAUUACAUUGUAAUUGAAUGGGGUUUAUAAGUAUUUUUACCCCCGAGAAUUAGCCAUAAUUAUGACACUCAAAGAGUUGUCAGUAUACCUUAAAAAAAAUGUUCACCUUUACCCCAUGAGUAACCACUCAACCACCAACCGUUUGAGCUCAAUGUUGUCACCUGUGCACCCCACAGUCAGUCAUAAUCCAACUGCUACCAUGGGCAAGACCAGAGAGCUUUCAAAAUACA